UAUCACACUCGUAUAUUUCAACACACUCUCACACUCGGAGGAAUCACAUUAAUGUUCACACCUAACUUUUAAACAGCGGCACAGAGGAAAAUGGCUGCCACCCACUUAUGGAUCGUAUUUUUUGCGUUAGGAUCCAGCAAGGAUUGUUUUCAUCUAUGAUUUCUUUUAUAAUUUGGCUUCUGCACAUAUAUUCCUUUGGCCUUACCGAGGUGUUCUCAGCAUCAAGAUGGCCGGCGUUGACAACAACAAGACCAACCAAACCAAUUUCACUGCCAACUACUGUCACUUCAAUGAUGAUUUUAAAUAUAUCCUCCUCCCUGUCAGUUACACCCUGGUGUUUGUGAUUGGCCUGGCGCUGAACGCCACGGCGUUGUAUGUGAUUGUGUUCCGCACCAAGCGCUGGAAGCCCUCGACCAUUUACAUGUUCAACCUGACAGUGUGUGACACCCUGUACAUCUUCACGCUGCCAUUCCUCAUCUACUACUACGCCGACAAGAACGAUUGGCCGUUCAGCGAACUGUUCUGCAAGCUUAUACGCUUCCUGUUUUAUGCCAAUUUAUACGGUUCCAUCCUGUUCCUGUCCUGCAUCAGCCUGCAUCGGUUCGUUGGUAUCUGCUAUCCGGUCCGCUCCCUCAACUGGGUCAGCGCCCGCCAGGCCAGGCUGGUGUCUAUGGCAGUGUGGGCCUGUGUGUUAUUCUGCCAGGCUCCUGUUCUCUACUUUUCAAGAACUAGGGAUGUAAACACUGAGCGAAUCUGCCAUGACACCACCAGCCCAGAGCUUUUCGAUGACUUCCUGGUGUACAGCUCAGUCAUAUCAGUGCUCAUGUUCGCCUUGCCCUUCAUGGUGGUGAUGGUGUGCAACGGCCUGAUGGUGAGAAAGCUUCUAGAUACUGGCUGGGGGUCUGGAGCAAGAACUGAAGAGGAAAGAGGAGGCUUAACAGCCCAAAGGUCCAAACAGAAGUCAGUAAAGAUGAUCAUCAUCGUGCUGGCAGCGUUCAUGCUGUGUUUCCUCCCUUUCCACCUCACCAGGAGUCUUUACUACUUUUUUAGAUACCUGAGGCAGGUCAAUCCAGCACAGAUCAGCUGCAGCUUGGUGGAAGCCUCCAGUGUGGCCUACAAGAUUACACGACCUUUGGCCAGUGCCAACAGCUGCGUGGACCCCAUCCUUUACUUCCUGGCAGGGCAGGAUGCCCGCAGCAAUCUCACUAAGAAGCGCAAACUGCCGCCACCAAAAGCAAACAGUGGAAUCCAAACCUUGACAGUAGAACGCUAACACCUGAGACUGUUUUGGUGAAAAUGCUGAGUGUGUGUGUGUGUGUGUGUGUGUGGGGGGGGG